UGCUCAGUACAGUGUAGUAGCGUGCCCUGGGUUGUUUAUACUUGCGUUUUCUAUUUUUUCCUUUUGCAUACUUUGCUCCAUUCACUGCUGUGACAGUGGGAAGAGUCUCCCUCGACGUGGACGUGGUCAGUUGGCGUGUCCCGACUUGGAGUGACGGCUGUGCGGUCCUAUGAUUCCUCCACAACCUUUCUUUUUUUGCGUGGCCCAUUUUUCUAACUAACUAACUAACGUUAUCUUAACUUAUAUCGUGACCUAUUUUACACCCUCGUUGGAAGUUGACGACAGCCGGGGUCCAAGAUGUCUGUAGCGGGCUUCAAGAAGCAGUUUUAUAAAGCCAGCCAGAUGGUAAGUGAGAAAGUUGGAGGUGCAGAAGGAACAAAACUAGAUGAUGACUUCAGAGACUUGGAACGGAAAGUAGAUGUGACCAGUAAAGCUGUAGCGGAGGUGAUCACCAAAACAUCAGAGUACCUUCAGCCAAACCCAGCAUCGAGGGCCAAACUGUCCAUGUUGAACACCAUGUCCAAGAUCCGCGGUCAGGUGAAGAACCCAGGCUACCCUCAGGCCGAGGGGCUUCUAGGAGAGUGUAUGACCAAGUAUGGACGGGACCUCGGAGAAGAAACUAACUUUGGCGGAGCACUAGUAGAGGUUGGAGAGUCCAUGAAGAGAUUGGCAGAAGUUAAAGACUCCCUAGACAUCGAUGUCAAACAGAACUUCAUUGAUCCAUUGCAAGGGCUCUGUGACAAGGACCUCAGAGAGAUACAGCACCACCUAAAGAAGCUGGAAGGUCGUCGCCUGGACUACGACUACAAGAAAAAGCGACAGGGUAAGAUCCCUGAUGAGGAGCUUCGACAGGCCCUGGAGAAGUUUCAUGAGUCAAAGGAAGUGGCUGAGACCAGCAUGUACAACCUGCUGGAGACUGAUAUAGAGCAGGUGAGCCAACUCUCAUCUCUGGUGGAGUCCCAGCUGCAGUACCACAGGCAGGCCGUGCAGGUGCUGGAGGAGCUUUCGGACAAACUCCGAGAUAGGAUGAAUGAUGCUCAAUCUCGACCGAGACGCGAAUACACACCCAAACCCAAACCUAUCUUUGACUUCGGAGAUAAUAACCAUUCAAAUGGUGGCUACUCAACCUCAAUGGCGCCUCCACCUUCACGCAACUCAGCACCGGAGCAGCCGAGCUGUAAGGCGCUGUACGACUUCGAGCCUGAAAAUGAGGGCGAGCUGGGCUUCCGUGAGGGCGAUAUCAUCACCCUGACCAAUCAGAUCGACGAGAACUGGUACGAGGGAAUGCUGAACAGCCAGUCGGGAUUCUUCCCUCAAAACUACGUCGAGGUCCUCGUUCCAUUGCCACACUAAUAUAUAAAGAGAGUUGAGAGGAGACUGAUGAGGAGGAGGAGGAGGAGAACGGGAGUAGAGUUAGUACAGAGGGAGGAAAGUGAAGCCAAGGGAUGGUUUGCACAAUAUUCAACUCCAAUGUCGUCAUCACAGACGAGCGCUUUUGUCAUCUGGAGAUGUGGAGAUAAUGAUCACAUUUCAAAGUCCAGACCAGAAUAUCAACAUGUUCCACCCAAAGGUAAAAGGACUAAGAUGGACACAAACCUUCAUUUCCUGUAAUCUGACAGUGAAAAACAUUUCUUGAGGACUAACUGAUAAAACAUCUAUAAGAUUUUUUUUUUUUUACCACAAAUUACUGAUAUAAAACAGAGAAUUUAUAUUAAAUCUGGUUGUUUGAUGACUGAAGAGACACAUUUAUAUCAUCCUCUUUGCAUGACUGCAGUCUGUUUAAAACUCAGGUUGGUCGCCAACUUAACAGACCGUUUUAAGACUGGAGGGGCCAACACAAACCUCACAGUUACUGUUCUGUUUAACUUUACUGUUAAUAUUAUUCUCAUUUCAAGUCCCAACAAGGACUGUAUCUCAUCUCUUGAUGCCACCUGCUGGCCAGACUGAGAAUGACCUUUUCCUAACUAAAAAUGGAACUACAAGACUAAAAUGUGGUUUUAUCUAGUUUUUAUCUAAAGUAAUAAAUAAAUAAUAUUGUAUCACAUUUAUAAUGAGAAACACAAGUGUAAAUUAGCCUAAGAUUUGUGAUUUAAAUCAUUUUUUCAGGUGUUGGCCUAUUUGAAAAAGCUCUUUUUAAAAGAUCUAUGUCUAAGCUGUCUAGUAAUGAUGGCUUCAGUGAGGGUCCCUUUUUGUUUCAGUACUUGAUUUAUGUUUGUCUCAACUUACUACAGUAGUUUUUAAGAGUAGAGCUGCUUACUGGAUAUGUGAGAAAAUGUUGUAAUUGCACCUUGGUACUCAAAUGAGAUUGACGUGUGUGUGACAGACUUAAAUCCACCACUACACACAGACCCAAAGUUGAAUGCAGACGUUGCACCUUUUUGUCACAUAAAGCAGGCACGUGUUUGUCUUUGAGAAAAUGCAGAAUAAUUUGUCACUGAUGUGGUUGUCUGCUAGUCUGUUCAAUAGAGGAGACAGAGCCAAAAAGUCUUUGUAAAAUGCAAUAGAAACAUUUCCGCCUAUUUUUUUAAAUGAAAUACUCUGUAACAGCCAUAUAUUCAUUUAGUUUUGGGCCUGUUCGUCUGAGCAUGUAAAGCCUUUUCCUUUAUUACCUGCUUUAGUGUUUUGACCUGUUUUAGGCGUCCAUUAACUCUGUGCAGUGCCUGAAUAGACGACGCUGCUGGCAGCGACUCAGUCUUUCACAUUCAUCACUAACUGUCCCUCUGUCUUUGCCUUUCCUCCUGUCUUAAAAAUGUGAAACUCAUCUUUGCUGUGCAGUUAUCUGAAACUAAAUCUGACCCUGUGAUUCUGAUCAUUCACAAUGGAUCUGAUUUGAUUUAUUUGUUAACGCAUUUGGGCUGAUGUAGACCGGCUGACUAGACAAGGCUGGCUUCUUGUUAUGGAUUUAGCCACACCUGCAGAUGGAGUCUAAUCCAGUGUGCCCUGUAUGAGGGAAAGACCUGGACUGAAAGGGAAAACAUCAAGGGAAAAAUAUGUUGUUUUUUUUUUUUUUAACCAAACAUGAGUCCUUACCAAACAUCUAUUUUCAGUCCAGCUUAUUUUGAAUUCUCUGGCAGGGAAAAUAAGUUAAACUUGUGAAUGACAACUGUACUUCUUCUCCGUUGGUAGUAUCUCUCUGCUACAUUUACUACAUCUUGACCUUUCCCCUUUUUUUUAUCUGUGUUUGUCCAUCACUCCACGCUGCCAAACACUUCCCCCAAUCCUGAGUUUUGGGCCUCUAAUAUGUUUACGUCUGUGAUUUUUUUUACAUUUCAAUGCUCGUAUCAAGUUCAGGGUAACGUUGAAGGACUGUAGGAGGUGUUGUCUUGAUCACACUGUUGUCAGGAAAAAGUCCUUGCUAGCUUUGUUAUAGUGCCUUUGGAAGAGAAGGAAAGGAGAGAAAGCACCGUAAGUACAGUAACUAAUACAGAAACCAAAACCUAACCUAGCUACUUAACAAAUGGUCAAGAAUUUCAUUUUUCUACUUUUGGUUUGAUCUCUAGCCAUCGGCACUUUCCUGUGUAAAGAUGAAAUGCAUGUGUGCAUACUUCUGCAAAUUUAUGACACUACAGGCAGUUUCCUGGACAAAUGUUGUUUAGACUAAUGUUUGGUUUGUCAGCAGACCACCAGCGUAAACUGUUUUUUUAAAUGUAGAUUUAAUCCAUGUCUGAAAAAAAUUGUCCCACUGAUUUCUUUUUUAAAGGGCUAUGUAUUUGUUUAAUCAGUCUUAAAUGCUCUUUUGAACAGCAUUACAUCAGUCUGGCUCUCUAUAGUAUUAUUUUUUUAUAUACACGACCUUAAAACAUUUUAAAUUAAUCCUUGCAUGUAGUCCUAUAUUCUGCCUUGUAAAUGUAUGUGUUAGAUAUAAGAUGCCUUUUUACUUUUGGUAUGAGUACCGAAUUUAACCGCAAUAUUUUGUCCUUUUAUUAUCAAGUAUUUGUACUUGCUUCUUUCUCAUCCCGUCUCCCCCUUCUUACAAUAAAUAAAGAGGAAAAAGA